AUGGAAUAUUGCAUGGAAGACUGGCCGGAGCCAAUCAUCAACGUUCAGUCCAUUGCCGAAAGCGGAGACACCAUCGUCCCUUAUCGUUACAUAAAACCGCCUUCCCAUCGGCCGGAAAUCCUAAAAUCAACACCACAAGAACAAACCAUACCAGUGAUUAACCUUGCAGGGUUAGAAGGUGAUGAACAUGCAUGCAAUGCCACAAUGCAUGAGAUCUCAGUUGCAUGCAAAGAAUGGGGGUUCUUUCAAAUAGUGAACCAUGGUGUGAGACCAGAGUUAAUGGAGAGAACAAGACAAGUAUGGAGAGACUUCUUUCAUCUACCAAUGGAGGAGAAAAUCAAGUAUGCUAAUACUCCAAAAACCUAUGAAGGUUAUGGCAGUCGUCUGGGGAUUGAAAAAGGUGCCAUUCUUGAUUGGGGUGACUACUUCUUCCUUAACCUCCUCCCUUUGUCUCUCAAGAACCAUAACAAGUGGCCAUGCCUCCCUGAAACUCUUAGGGAGACGGUUGAAGAGUGUGGGGGAGAGGUGGUGAAGUUUUGUGAGAAGGUGAUGAAGAUGGUGUCAAAGAGUUUGGGGUUGGAGGAGGAGUACAUGAAGAGAGUGUUUGGAGGGUAUGGUGAUGAAGGAGUAGGGGUGACCAUGAGAGCCAACUACUACCCUAGAUGUCCUCAGCCGGAGCUCACUCUGGGGCUGUCACCGCACUCGGAUCCCGGUGGAGUCACUGUGUUGCUCGCCGACGAGCGUGUUCAAGGACUUCAGGUUCACAAGGAUGGUGCUUGGGUUACUGUUCAACCACUUCCUCAUGCUUUCAUAGUCAAUCUUGGAGACCAAAUUCAGAUGGUGAGCAAUGCUAUUUACAAAAGCGUCGAGCAUCGGGUAAUGGUGAACUCAGAGGAGGAGCGAGUCUCCAUCGCCUUCUUCUACAACCCGAGAGGUGACAUGCUCAUCGGCCCAGCCAAAGAGCUUGUCACCCCAGCUCGACCUGCAUUUUGUAAGCCCGUGACUUGGAAUGAGUACCGUCUCAUCUUGCGCAAGCAGGGCUUACACGGCAAAGCCCAAGUUGAUUCUUUGAAGCCCUCGUGAUGCACCCAUCGUUAUCAAUACUCAUUGU